AUGAAUUGGAUAAAAAAGGCCUCACACACUCUUCCAACCUUUGAAGCAAAUCGUGUCGCCAAAAUUCAAGCUUUAUCGAUACCUCAUGAGUGGCGACACAUAGCAACCGAAUAUAAUCCCGCAGAUCUCGUAUCGCGAGACCUAUUGCCAAAGGAGAUAAUCGACAACUCAUUUUGGCUGAAUGGUCCUGACGUUGAAGGCAUCCUCAGGGUCGGAGGUCGACUUAGCCAAUCCGACCUCAGUUAUUCAAGAAAACAUCUGAUCCUUCUGCCUCAAGGUCACAUGGUUACAAAUCUUAUCAUUCGCGAGAAACAUUUAACUCUCUUUCACGCAGGCACACAAGCCACGCUUAACGCUACUCGCGAAUUCUACUGGAUGGUCAACGGAAAAAAUGCAGUCAAGAAUAUAAUACGACAUUGUGUCACUUGCUGUCGCGCAAAACCACAAACCCCAAACUAUAUCAUGGGAGAUCUGCCAAAAAAUCGCACAAUCUUUAAAAGGGCUUUUUUGCAAUCCGGAAUCGAUUUCUGCGGGCCGUUUUACAUUAAAGAAAGAAAAUUUCAAAAUCGAAAAAAAAAUAAGAUCUAUGUUUGCGUUUUCGUAUGUUUCGCGACAAAGGCUGUACACAUUGAAAUCGUCAGCAAUCUGACCACCGAAGCCUUUGUAGCUUGUUUGAGUAGAUUUUUUUCAAGACGAGGAAAAAGCUCGGAUCUGUAUGGCGAUAACGCUACUAACUUUGUAGGGGCAAAAAACGAACUUGCAAAAAUUUCAGAAUUUCUAAGAUCUCAAAAGGUGAACGCAACAAUCUCUCGUGUACUUGCUAAUCAUAAUAUCAAUUGGCAUUUCAUGCCCCCGCGUUCACCUCACUUUGGUGGGCUCUGGGAAGCUGCUGUCAAAUCGUUCAAGUAUCAUAUAGUACGCGUUAUCGGCAAUCAACUUCUAACCUAUGAACAAUUUACUACACUUGCAACUGAGAUCGAAGCAAUUUUAAACUCCCGACCGUUAACACCACUUCCUUCUGAUCCUAAUGACCUAGCAGCCUUAUCUCCCGGUCACUUUCUUAUAGGUGACUCUUUAACGGGUGUGCCAGAUAACGAAUUGACGAUAACACGAUUUGACGGACUUGCCGUCAAGACGGCUUUCGUCUUGGCAGCAGGUUCAACAAAUGAAGCAACAUUUUUGGAAGCGCUGGAGUAA